AUGAAGUGCCGCUGGAGGGAGAGGGAUGAAGUUGUGAAUACAGUGGUGAAAAGUUGUGAGGGACAGGGCUGGAAUAAGUGCGAGACACAAUCACAGGAUCGCAGUCUGCCCCGUCUGACCGCCCUCCGGCUGCUCUUAAUGGAUCUGGCAGAGCGCCGCAGAAGCCGCAGCGGCCGCCGGAGCAGGUGGAGCAAAUUAAGACACAGUCGAUUCACCACAGAAGCCGCCGCGGGACCGGGACAAUCUCCAACGGUCACUUCUGUGGGACCUCAGGCCGGAACAGAAACACAACGGAAAGAGAUGGAAUGUGUUCGGCUAAUCUGA